UGUUUGUUGCACGGCCUGUAAACUGUCGCAUCUCCUGCGACAAAAUUGUGUGUAUAUAAAUAGAAAAUUGGCUGCAAAGACUUCAAUUUCCUGAGUAGAGGCAGCCAUGACCGAUAGGUCCCAGUACCCAACAUUCCCAGUAACUACAAUUGCAACCAAGUAUAAUGAAUAUUUUGGGAAAUUAUGUUAAAAUAGAGAGGAGAGUCGCUGUUCAGACCCCAGGGCCACGUCUACUGCAUCAUCAUGUAGUUACAUACCUUACCACAGCAAACCCUAAACAGGGCAACGUCUCUGAAGGAAAUCUAAGAACCUAUGGCGCAAAACUGUGGGAAAGUAGAAAGAGGAACCUAAACUUCUCCUACAGGGAGAUAGAAAUAUUAGUUGAUGAGGUUGUUGAAAGAUAUGACAUCUUAUUAGGCCGUCUAGCACGGCGAACACCUCUGUCACAGAAAACCUACAUAUGGAAAGGUAUUUUAAAGAAAGCAAAUGCUGUGGGGGUGGAAUGCCGUACUGUGAAGUGUCUUAAAAAGAAAUGGUAUCAUUUAAGAAGACACACCAAGCAGAAAUUGGAGAGAAUUAGAGAAUAUGCAGAAAAAACAGGGGAAAGUCCCCAAGCAAAUCUAAAAUUAGAUGGCGUAAAAAAAAAUCAGAAAAAAUUGAGGGAAUUGGCAAUUUUGAUCUGAUGGUUUGCG